AGGACGUGAUGACGCUGGAGGUAAAACAAUAUAAAACAGGGCUCAGCAGAGCGACGCCAAUCUUUGCCGGUCAGAAGUUGAGAAGUCGACAACUGUGACGCUAUUUUAGUUUAUUUUACACCGUUUGGACCUAAAUCAACAUGGCAAAUGGCCACGUGGAGAUCCACGACCCCUUCUCCAACCACAACGGGGUCAAAAAAAGCAAAAACUGUGACCCGAAAUCUACCUCAGACUCCGACAGCAUGGAGGACACGGAGGAGUACCGGCUCCUCAUGGCCUACGCCCAGAGGAGGCGGCCGAAGAAGGAGUCGCCCACACAGGACAGUACGGUUUUAGUGUCAGGAGGCUCGGAUGCAAACGGGUCAGCCUCGCCUCAGACGCCAGAGAAAAAGAAGAAGAAGAAGCCCUGGAAACGUAUUUUUAGCUGUAUUAAACCUAAGACGAUAGAUGAAGAUGAAGUUCUGUCCCCGUUUCGUUCAAAGCAUUCUGAGGUCAACGACAGAUGUGGCGGCACUAAUGAAGUACUGCCUUGCCCAAAAGGAGCGGAUGAGUUCGAGGAGGCAGCAGGUCGGCUGACAAAAAUCGCUGAUGAAAUCCCGUUCACGCCUCCAGAAGUAGAGACGGACUCGCCAGAAGAUGAGAAUGUGGAGAAAAUGAUCGGCCUGCUGCUGAGGGAGACUGGAGACCGAGCCAACGACGAGGAGCUGGAAAACGCCGCUUUAGCCAAAGAGCUAUUUUGGGAUUACAGUUUCUUUAAGCGGUUAAUGUCGACUCUUCUGACGAGGAUGGGCCUCAGGACCCCCGACCCCGAAUCUCCAGGGCCCAAAGCAUGUCCUGAAACCCAGAUCGCUGUCACCUGUGAGGUGACCAGCCGCCUGUCAGCUGUGAACAGGCUGCCCACGAACCUGCUGCUGAACCACGGAGCCAGAUACCUGCAGGAUUAUUACUCCUCCUGGGUGAAGGAGCAGGGAGGAUAUGAGAAAGCCUUUUACAGUGACGAUGAAGACGAUUGAACAGAAAUCAUUUUUAAUUCUCCAAAAGGAACAAAAUCCAACUCAGGAAACUCACUUUGUGCAUUCUGCCACUUCAGUUUACAUUCACAUGAAACAUUUACAAGCAAAACAUAUCUGCAUGCAUCUGCAUUAAUCUGU